AACUGCCAGAGAUAUAGUGAUAUAACUUUAUCCUUUUAUCAUAAAUGUUUAUUUGAAAGCUUUAGCUACGAUCAUUUGUAAUUAUUUUUUUAUUACUGGUGAUUUGAUAUGAAUGCAAAGCUAUGACGCGUUUACGUCUUCGCGAUUGUGACGUUAACGUCGAGAGCCGCGCUAGCCUACAGUAAGAACACAAACACUCGUUUGGCGUCGGUGCUCGUGAAAGUCCGAAGUGCUUAAUCGAGUUGUGUGUAGUUUUGUUGUUUCCACGCGUUCAGUUAUGGGUUUCUUCGAUGCAAAUUGUUCGCUGUUAGCCGACAAGAGUUUGGCUAGCCGUUUUAAGUCUUCCUCCGUUUUGAAGAGAAAAUUCAACAGCGACGAUCGACUUCCCGAGCUCGAGACAGCGAUGAAAAUCUUUAAAGGUCCAGAUGGGAUUCCCCGAAGAGCUGACAGCGAGUCUUCUGUGGCGAUUUCUGGACCGUCAUCUCUUCCUGACACUCCUUGCAGGCGUCGCAUUUGUGAUAUCUCACAGAAAAGUCGUAGAUGCCGAUUUGAGAUGCUGAUAAAGACGAGGAUAUUACGUGUCCAAACUGCACGUUCUUUGAGGCGGGCUGCCAACAAACCUAAAGCCGCUCCAACAUCCCAGGCCUACUUUAAAAUAGAUGUGCCUAAGUGGAGUGAUUAUUUCAGUAUGGAUGUGCCCGCUCCACCUAUACAUUCAUCUGAUCCUGUGCCUGACCUGGAUCAUCCAAGACCCAAGCGUCGCUGCGUAGAUACCUCAGAGAAGAGAAGUCGCAGAGACAGAUUUGAGAUGCUGAUACAGAAGAGGGCGUUACGUGUCGAGGCUAUACGUUGUUCCAGGCGGGCUGCUGACAAAGAUGUUACCGCUUCAGCAUCCCAAGCCUACUUUCAUAUAAUCGUGCCUGAGUGGAGUGAUUAUUUCGUGGGUUCACCCUGUGAGGUGUUCGGGACAUGGCCUCUGCCUGAGGAGAAGAUCUGUUCAAUCCAGUCUGAGCUUCAUCAGGUUCAGACACCUGACAGGAGUCAUUCUUCUGAUACAUCACGGCAAAGUGAUGAAGAAAGAAGUGAAAGGAUGGAGCCAGUGUCAACAAACCGAUCUACACCUCUGCCUUUAUCAGUGUGUGUUGAUCCUGUGUCUGACCUGGAGGAUCCAAGUGCCAAGCGUUGCCGUGUAGAUGCCUCAAAGGAAAAUGCUACAGAGAAAAUCCAGAAGAAGAUACCGUUAGGGCGUCUUGCCCGGCCUACACCUCCUUCACUAUCUGAUGAGAUGAAAAGACUUAAAAGUUGGAACAACGUAUCAAUCAAUGGAAGAACAUUUGCUUCAAUUACCGUCUGUGGUCUUUUCUCAUCAGCUUCUCCACAGAGUCAAAACGCUAAAGACUGGCCAAAAAAUGAGAAACCACUGGGCCCAGGACCAGUUUCUUUUUCAAGCCACACCCCUCAAAUUAAUACCUCCUCGGUCUAUGCUCCGAAUGUGACGUCCUCAGACAGAUCUCUGGCUCAAACUUCCUUCGAUCCUGUACGUGACCUGGAGGAUCCAAGUGCCAAGUGUCGUCGUUUAGAUGCCACAAAGGAAGAUUAUAUAGAGAAAACCACAAAGAAGAUACUGACACGGUGUCUUGCCCGGCCUACACCUACUUCACCUUCAAAUAAGAAGAAAAUCUCAGCUUCUCCACAGAGUCUAGAUGUUAAAGAUAGGCCAACAAACACUCAACCUGUUCUUCCACUGGCCCCAAAACCAGCAUCAGGACCAGUUACUAUUUCAAGUAAUGGCCCUCGAAUCAAGACAUCCCUCGUUCAUGCUCAGAAUGUGACGUCCUCAGACAGAACUCUGGCUCAAACCUCUGAUCCUGUACGUGACCUGGAGGAUCCAAGUGCCAUGUGUCGCCGUUUAGAUGCCAAAAAGGAAGAUUAUAUAGAGAAAACCACAAAGAAGAUACUGAUACACCGUCUUGCAUGGCCUACAUCUACUUCACCUUCAGAUAAGAAGAAAAUCUGUUAAUAAAACAGCUUUUCCACAGAGUCUAGACGCUAAAACCAGGCCAACAAACACUCAACCUGUUCUUCCACUGGACCCAAAACCAGCAUCAGGCCCAGUUACUAUUUCAAGUAAUGGCCCUCGAAUCAAGACAUCCCCCGUCCAUGCUCUGAAUGUGACGUCCUCAGACAGAACUCUGGCUCAAACUUCCUCUGAUCCUGUACGUGACCUGGAGGAUCCAAGUGCCAAGUGUCGCCGUUUAGAUGCCACAAAGGAAAAUAUUACAUAGAAUAUCCCGAAGAAGAAAUGGCGUCUUGUCCGCCCGAUCACCUUCAGAUGAAAAGAAAAUCUAGUCAUGUGGCUAAGACAGGCCAAAAAACCCUCAGCCUCAGGAGCAGUUACUAUUUCAAAUCACACCCCUAAAAUCCAAACCUCCCCCAUUCAUGGUCCGCACAUGACCUCCUCAGACAGAUCUAUGGCUCAAACUUUAUCUCAAAAAUCGCCGGUACUUGCACAGGAGUGUGUUCAUAAGGUAAACGGGCGCGUGUUCAUAAGGACAGCGUGUAUGGCGCAAUCCAAUUUCCACAAAAGGAGAAAGCAUGGAGCAGUGGUAAUCCAUCCCAGGAGUGGCAGGCCUACCAAAAUUACUCCAAGAUCACAACGACGACUCGUCCAGGAGGUCAUCUAAGAUCCCAGAACAAAAUCUAAAGAUCUGCAGGCCUCUCUUGCUUCAGAUAAGGUAUGUGGCUGUGACGCAGUUCUCUCCCACUUCCCGUGUUUCGAGGAGCCCAUUUAUAAAGGCACAUUCAGAGUUUGAGACACGAGAGCUUGUAUCAGUUGCUGUCCAACAUGCCAGCGGAGGCGUCUACAUCUGAUGAGGAUGGAUGGGUGACCAACCAUUUCUCCAGGACGCCCCGUAUGUCCACAUACUACCUGGCCUGGGCGGUGUGCACAUACAGAGAAGCCAAAACUGAUAAUGGUGUUAAGUAGGGUUGAGUGAUGUCUACCAAAUUGGCAUCGGGGGAUGGCUACAGUAAAACAUUGCAAUGGACGAUUACAUUGCACUGCGGCGUUAUGAAGUGAGGCGCGU